CUUCCUUCCUCCCCACGUCCGUGAAUAAUCCCGUCCCGCUCAGCAUUAUCAAUGUUUCCUGUAGUGCUUCCCUUUCAGACAAUGGAUGCUGUCCAAAGCGCUGAAGAUAAGGAAUGAUCUGGCUCUUUUGCCUCUUCUCCACUAGUCCUUUAUAUGUUGGCGAUAAUACAAAGCACAAUUUUUUUGGCUGGGGUGACAAUGAUAUUGCCGUUAACUGGUGGAAAGAAAAAACUCGGUAUUGCUUUUGCGACAGUUGCCGGAGGCGUCGAUGGAGUCAUACGAAGACAUCCAGCUCUCCUAGGAUUCAGUGACACGUCUCCCAAAAUUCUACCCUUCGUAUAUGCGCUUUGUCCCACCUCGCAAUGUCCUGGACUCCAAAAGACGAAGGACAAGAUUGUCUGGGGCAAGAUUUGGACUGACGUUUCGGAUUUCGUCUGCGGUUGCUUUGGUGAAUGA